AUGGCCGGUUGUAACUAUGGAGUGUUCCUCAGCUUCAGAGGACCAGAUACACGCGAUAACUUGGUCGAGUUCCUCUACGACAAGCUCAGACGCUUGGGGAUUGUGGUAUUCAAAGAUCGUAAAGAGAUCCACUACGGUGAAAGUAUCGAUACCAGGAUCGUGGAAGCCAUCAAGCGUUCCAACAUCUGCAUCCCAGUCUUCUCCCAUAACUUCGCUUCCAGCGCAGCUUGCCUGAUGGAAGUGGCCCAAAUGGUGGAGUCGGGUAAAGAAAUUCAUCCCAUUUUCUUCUUCGUCGAGCCCAACGUUGUUCGCCACCAGCUGGGAACAUAUGGAAAGUCCUUCGCCGAGCACAAGGAAAAAAACAGAUAUCCCGAGUCGAUCAUCAAAAAGUGGGAGGAUGCUCUGAAAGAGAUUGCUAAAAAAAAGGGACUGGAAUUCAAGAAGGCUGCUUUGGAGGCUGCCCUGGAGGCUGCUCUGGAGGCUUCUCUGGGAGAGAUUGGUGGUAUAAAGGGACCGGAAUUCAAGAAAGCUGCUCUGGAGGCUGCUUUUGGUGCUAUAAAGGGACGGUUUUACGACGAUCUCUUCAGCGGGUUUCGAGAGCUAGAGGGUUUCAUUUCCGAACUUUGGAAACUCUUGAGGAUGGAUGAGCAAGGCGUCGCUAAAACUUUAGUUGGAAUAGAGAGAGACGUGCCAGAGAUGAUGCGGAAGCUUGGUUUCGAUUAUCAGGAUGGACAAGUCGUCAAAGAGCGGGAGAUGACAGGGAGAUGGCUGUUUACAGUGUGGGGUCUGCCAGGGGUUGGCAAAACCACUCUCACUAAGGUGGUAUUCAACAAAAUCCGUCACCUCUUUGAAGGUUGUAGUUUUCUUGAAAAUGUUCAGGACGGGUUUGAACAGAAAAGAGAGGUAUCUUUGCAGGAGAAGUUGAUUCGUGACCUCAAGAGAGGAGCAUGUCAGGAGGUGGGAUCCUCCACUGAAGGUACCAAAAUGAUAACACACCUAUUUCGAGAAAAGAAAGUUCUCAUAGUAUUAGAUGAUGUGGACGACUUUGAACAAAUCAAACCAUUGGCUGAAGAGCUAAUUUGGUUUGGUCUGGGAAGCACGAUCAUCCUCACAACCAAAAGAAAAGACGUUUACAAGGUUCGGAAAAGGGAGGAACAAGAUAUUUUGCAUGAGCAAGAACAUGAGGUAAAACUUAUGGAUGAAAAUCAUGCUCUUGAACUUUUCCGUAAGUGUGCUUUCGGACUGAAUCAUCCCCUAAAGGACAACGAAGAAAUUUCAAAAGAAAUCAUUUCUGCUGUAGAAAAUCUUCCAUUUGCUAUUGAUUUUGUGGGAAGGUCUUUGUAUGGGGAGGACCAAAAAGAAUGGGAACGGACUUUGGGUGACUUAAAGGUAAAGCUAAAAGACAAAGUGAAAAAAAUGUUGUUGGCAAACUAUGAGCUUUUGAGCUAUGAGGCAAAACAAGUAUUCCUUGAUAUAGCAUGUUUCUUUACGGGAGUUGAAAAGACAAUCCCCUGUUACAUGUGGGCUGCACGUCGCCUAGAUAGAGGUGUUGAUGAGCUUAAAAAAAAGUCUUUUCUAAAAAUUGAGGAAAAAAAGGAGUUUUGGAUGCAAGGCCAACUAAAAUUCCUGGGAAGAGAAAUUAUCAAAGAGGAAAAUCACGAUAAUCCUGGGAAGCGCAGCAGGCUGUGGGAUUACAGAGAUGUCCAAACAAUAUUGCGGGAAAAAAAGGGUCCCUAUGAGGCUAAAGCUCUUCGUGUAGCCUCCGAUUUUAAAAAAGUUGAUGGUGAAGUAUUUCAUCAUCUAUCGAAUCUGAAGUUUCUUGAGUUGGACAACGUUGAUAUUAAAGGAAAUCCUGAGAAACUUCUUCCGAACCUAGAAUGGCUCGAUUGGCAUGGAUGCCGUGAGAAAUCUAAGUUGUUUGCAUUUGACAUGGAGAACCUGGUAAUUCUCAACUUAUGUUCAAGGUCAGUCCAAUUGAGUUUGGGAGACUGGGAACAAUUGAUGGAGAAGGCUCGGAGUUUGGAAGUCUUGAAGCUAAAAGAUUGUACUUGGAUCAAUGCAUCUCUGGAUAUCCCUGCCUCAAGUCUUUUAAAAUGCUUGAUCCUGGAAGGAUGUUUACAUAUAGAGCCAGAUGAAACCACUUCUAACUUUAAGAAUUUAGUUUCCUUAAGCAUGAAGCAUUGCAAAUGGGUUAAACAUUUGCCGCGAGCGCUGUGUUCCAUGACAGCAUUGAAAGAGCUUCUCAUUGAUGGAACAAAAAUUGAAAGACUUUAUUUCGAGAAAGACUCUCUACCGUCACUCGAAAUUCUCAGUGCUUGCAAUUGUAAAAAAUUGCAUGAAGUCACUCAGUCUAUUGGAUUGUUAAAGAAUCUUCGGAAGCUUGCUUUAAGCGGUUGCAAUAAGCUAAACACACUUCCACAUGUCUUUGGAGAGUUUGUUCAGCUAGAGAAAAUGGACCUGUCACACACCUCAAUUCAAGCAUUGCCUUCUUGUGUCAAGGAUUGCAAAAACCUUCAAGUGCUAAAGAUGGCUCGUACUUUCCUUGAAGAAUUUCCUGAAGCCAUAAAACAUCUUAAGGAGCUCAAAGAGUUGGAUUUCACCAACUGCGGAAGUCUGAGUGGACGUUGCGACAUUACAGGAUUGUUUUCUUUGAGAUUCUUGAGAUUAACAGGCACAAAAAUUUCUCAGCUGCUCCCUAGAGAUAUGGUGCAUCGUCUCCACAUCCUUGAGUUUGAUAAUGACUCUCCAAAUCCUUGA